AUGCGCUUGACCGUCGAGCUCAUUCAGAAUUCCCUAUCAUACAUCAAUCCGCUCAAGGACCGUGAGCUGGACCUCCGAGGGCACAAGAUCCCCACCAUUGAGAACUUGGGUGUCGCCAAAGAUCAAGAUACCAUUGAUUUCACGGACAACGACCUCUCCUCCCUCGGGAACUUUCCCUUCUUUCCUCGCCUUCACACCCUCCUCUUAGCGCGCAACCGCAUCAAUCACAUUCAAUCCACCUUUGGGUCAUCAGUGCCGUCCUUGUCAACUUUGGUCUUAACCUCCAAUAAUGUGGCCGAGUUAGCGGAUCUGGACCCGCUGCGCACUCUGCCCAAACUGACUCAUCUUGUCUUACUGGAGAAUCCAGUUACUCGAAAGGAGAAUUAUCGGUACUGGGUGAUCUGGCUUACUCCCUCCGUCCGUUUCCUCGACUACCAGAAAGUGAAGGAUGUAGAACGUGCUAAGGCAAAGGAGCUGUUUGGCACUGCCGAGGAGCCGUCUGCUCUUGCCUCCAAGAUUUCGGGAAUUAAGUCCCGAGCGUUUGACACUUCCAGCACGGCCGCUACCCGUACAACUGCGGACAAGGCUGUCCGCGUCAAACUCACAGACGCCGAAAGGAAGCGCGUGGAGAAGAUGAUUCGCGAGGCAAAGAGUUUGCAGGAGAUUACGCGACUGGAGAAGGAGCUGAGCGAGGGCCGGAUACCUGGAGGUGCCCUCUGUGCCAGUGACGCUGACGGGGAUGAACGCAUGCAGAUGUAA